AUGAGUGCGGGUGUAUCCCAUGACGAGGGUGGUGGAGCCACCGAGGACGAUCUAGGCUCCAACAGACACACACCAGGGCAGGGAAACAACUCUCUCAAACCACAACAGACAACACAAGGUGCUGAUGGCCAUUCGAAAAAUGUUGUUAGCCACUCGCUACAUCUGGAUGGCCAGUCUUUAAAUUUAGAUGGUCAAUCUCAACAUUUUGUUGACCAUUCUUUAAAUUUAGAUGGCGAUUCUUUAAAUUUAGAUGUUCAUUCUCUAAAUUUAGAUGGUCAAUCUCAACAUUUAGAUGGCCAUUCUUUAAAUUUAGAUGGCGGUUGUCUAAAUUUAGAAGUCCAAUCACUGAAUGAAGAAGACCAGUUACGUCACUCUAACGAUCUGGCUAAUGAUGGAGAUCAAUCAAAAAAAUCAGACCACCAAGACCAAUCUACUGACCAUUAUCUACAAUUGGGAAAGUUAAAUAGCGAGCAACAAAAAUUUGGCCGUCAAUCGCCACAAUCACUACAAUCUCAACAAGACGAGGAUUGUGUAAACACAGAUGUCCAAUCACAAUCAUUGGACAUCGCAUCUAAAAAAUCAAGUCACCGCUCACAUAAGUCACGAGGUCAGUCACCUGUCGUCCAGGUACACAAUUCGUCUGACCAGUCUUCUAAGUCAGAAGAACUCUCUCUCAAGUCAUCUCACCAAGUCCAACUACCCCCUGGCCAGUCAGAUAACACAGACGGACACUCAGUCAAGUCAAUGACCCAGUCAGACAAGCCAAAUGAUCAAUUACAAAACAACGACGAACAUUCAGAUCAACUCUCAAUAAAGUCAUUGAAACACACAGAUAGACUAAUAGAUGGUUCUCAAACGCGUCUUGAUCAGUUACAAAACCAAGGUGAGAUUCCUCACAAUUCGGAUGCCCAUUUAAAGGAGUCAGAUGAACUUUCAGUAAAAUCAUACGGCCAGUCACGGACUCUACUUCACCUGUCAUCGCGUAACUCCGAUAGCCUUUCACACAAGUCGGAUAAUGACUCUAUCAAAUCAGAUAAAAAUUUAAUUAAAUCUUACAACCAGUCAACAAAACCAUCGGACAAUUAUCCAAAUGACGGUCAAUCUCCAAAGUCAGACAAUAAAUUACUUAAGUCACAAAAGCCAGGUGACGUAUCCCACAGUAAUGAUAGCCAAUCGCUAAAGUCAGAUGGAGACUCUUUAAAAUCAAUUGAUCAGUCGCCAAAACCAACAGACCAGUCAAUUAAUUCCAAUGGAGGGGCGGACAAGUCAGAUACACAUUCCCUUAAGUCAUAUAAGCAGUCAGGAAAACAAGGUCAGUCAGGCAGUUAUGACCGUCAGUCACGACAAUCAGAGAACAGCUCAUUAAAGUCAUUUGGUCAGUCAAAUCUAGUGGGCAAGUCACAAUCUGAUACAGAUGUGAAGGAAUUAAAUCAUCAUACGCAUGUAUUAGGUGACCAGUCGGUAGAAUCUGACGAACGAUUGCACAAGUCGGAUGGGAAAUCUCAGGAUAAAGAUGAUUAUUCAAAGAAAUUACAAGGUCAUACAGAGAAAUUAGAUGGUCAUUCAGAUAAAUUAGAUGGUCAUUCAGAGAAAUUAGAUGGUCAUUCAAAUAAAUUAGAUGGUCAUUCAAAUAAAUUAGAUGAUCAUUCAGAUAAAUUAGAUGGUCAUUCAGAUAAAUUAGAUGGUCAUUCAGAUAAAUUAGCUGGUCAUUCAGAUAAAUUAGAAGGUCAUUCGGAAAAAUUAGAUGACAAUUUAGAUAACUUAGAUCGUCAGUCUGACAAGUUUAAUGAACAGUCUAAUAAAUCAGAAGGUCUGUCACGGGAUGUAGAUAACAAUUUAAAUAAAUCAGACACCAUAUCCACUACACACGAUAGCAGUAAACAAAAAGCAGACGAAGGGCUUGAAACAGAAGAUAAACAGUCACCACCAUCAAAGAGUCACAACAAUUUAGUGAAUCAUCCGUCUAAACCACCCGAAAGCCAAAUAUCACGUGAUCAACUGCAGAAAUCACAUGAUCAGUCGAAGGAUUCACAUGAGCAGCUAAAGGAAUCCACUGGUCUUUCACAAGAAUCAAGUCUGACACAGGAACCACAUCUCUCACAAGCAUCCACUAGUUCUACACGAGAAUCACGUGAUGUGCCUCAAGAAUCACAUGAUGUGUCUCAAGAAUCACACGAUGUGCCUCAAGAAUCACAUGAUGUGUCUCAAAAAUCACAUGAUGUGUCUCAAAAAUCACAUGAUGUGUCUCAAAAAUCACAUGAUGUGUCUCAAGAAUCACAUGAUGUGCCUCAAGAACCAAAUGUUCAGCAACUCAACUCAGCCGAGCUGCAACAAACUUCACAAGACCCAGCCGAUACGGCGGACAACCGAUCCAGAAUCUCGGACGACCAGUCCCAAAAAUCUGACCGGAAGUCCCUCCUGAGGGAGGCUCGGAGGAAACGGAUUCGUGAACUGACCAGCGAGCUGAGACGACAAGAGCAGGAGGAGGAGGAGGUGAAGAGGCGUAAACAGGAGGAGGCGUUAAAACAACGGACAGCGGCGGAACCUAAGCUAGACACGAAAGCGUUAGUGUCUUCUCUUGGCCAACGUCUAGACAUCUUGAGCAUGUACAUCGAUGUCAUGCACGAGGAUGAGCUGUUCCUGGCCCGACGCGAGAUGGUACCGUGGAAGUUCAAGAGAGGAAAUGCCUUGAUGAAAAAGUGGGCGGGGCUACACAAGAAGGUCAUGAUUCAGGAGGUCAUCGACUCAGGGGAGGAAAUCAUCGAGGAGAUUCGUCAAGAGAAAGCUGCUGUCGCUGCCGCUGAUGCUGCCGCUGCUUUGGAAGAGCUGAAAAACUCAGAGAAAGUUCCAGAGUCUGAGGAACCACGAGACGAGGCUGAGACCUCGGCCGGCUCCCCGCGAGAUCGGACGUCCAAGAAAACCAAGACGAAAGAUGGCAAGCAGAAGAAAUCUAAGAACAAAAACAAAGAAGGGAAAGUUAAGAAACCCAAGGCUAAGGAUGGGAAACUGAAAAAGUCGAAGGAGCGCAUGAACGAGUCCCACAGAGCUGCUCAACCAAAAAAAUCUAAAUCCAAAUCCCGGAAAGCAAAGAACAAGAACUCAGAAAAGGAAAAUACGGAAGUAGCAGAUGUAGAUGAAUUAAACAAUGAAUCCAACUCUGAAGAUUCAGGACAAGAAAGCGAAGAAGUCAUCUCUUCCUAUUCCGUAAAGCCUGAUAAAACUAAAUCAAGAAAAUCAAAAACAACGACGGCAGGAAAACAUGACUCGAAAGCAGAUGAUAGCGACAACAAAGAUGAUGGGAUUAUCGCUACCAAUUCUGAAUCUCCAUCCGCAAAUCCUGAAAAAUCAAGAAAAUCAAGAAAAAAGAAGACGGAAGAUUCUAAGCGAAAGGAUGCUGAGACUAACGUGGAUGAAAGUGAUGACGAAAAAAGCUCGGAGUCAGGUGUCAAAGACAGAGACACAGACCCGCGCGCGGAAAUGGACAGCGGAGUCCAUUCAAAUUUCGAGGAAUCCAGCCAAGCCAGCGAAGACGUGGCUGGAAACGAGACGGACGCCUCUGCCGACCAGACAGAGGGGCGUGUCAGAGUCAUCGGCACCACCCCGUACCCCGUCGUCGGCCAGGGUCUACUGUACAAGAGCCGGGUUCGAACCGUCACCUCAAUAACCACCCCCUUACGCCCGAUUCAACCAAAACAAAGGACAAAGUCCAGCAAACCAGCGGUCAAGGGCAGGCAGAAUCCUGGACAACCCCAGCACUCAACGGUAGCCUUCGGCACCCACCACCACGCAGACACCUGCAUGUACUGCCUGAGCAACGGGUUCUCGGAAUUCUGGGAGCGGACGCACACGAAGAUAGAAACCAGGAAACACAGCAAAACCUCGACGACACCCAUGAUCAAGGCUCGUAUCGAGGACAUCACGGGCAUCUACGAGCUGACCCGCCUGAAGACGAUGGAGGUGGGGCAGAGGGCGCUGCAGCGAUCGAAAACUCUCGGUCACAUGGUCACGAGGUAG